AUGAAUGGCCUCAAUGCGCCACUGUCUCCUGUCUCUGUAGGCGGUAGCGAGUGGUCUUAUCCCACCAACACCGACAAAAACACAUAUCCAAACAACCGCGGAGACAUCACCACACCACCCGACUCGGCUGGUGCUGUCAGGGCGAUGAAUGGGAACUUCCCACCGGGGCCCAGGAGCGUCGGCGGUCCCUCCCCGCCUCCCUCUGUCGGCCGAUCCAGUGCCGGCACCAACCUAUACGCAAGGAGUGAGAGUGGCAGAAGCCAAGUCGUGAGGGAUGACUUGGGCGGCCAUGAGAUGGUGCUCGCUGAGCACUAUGUCUCACUCAAGCGAUUUCUGUCAGCGACUUCGCGUGACGGCAACCCGAAGCCACCACCGAACAAAGCUCGCGACAAGCUGCAGCGCCUUACUGGGGUUCAGUUUCUCGAGCUCAGUACCGACGUCUUUGACGAGCUGAAGCGACGUGAGACAACAGCUCGUAGACCCCCCAAUGCUCCUCCAGGAUCCGGUCCACCUGAUUAUCUAUUACCUGAGGACAACUUCCACCCCAAGCGAAACCAAGCGCGCCAAAAACUUUCGUCAUUGGGCCCUCCACGCUUCCGCGAUCUGGCCACCGAUGUCUUUUGCGAACUGGAGAGGAGGUUCCCACGCUUCGCGGCUGGGGAUAUCCCCCGUGUUGGCAGCCCAGUAUCAGUACGCGGAGGUCCCAUCAGCCGGUCGCAAACACCGGUAAGCGGAAUGAAUGGCGGGUUCCCUCCUCGGGGUCAGAGCCGUAGACGCCCUUCAGAAGCCAGCUCAAUACGAAGCGGACGAGGGAUGCCUACUCCUCUCGGCAGCGGCUUCCCUAUCCCACCUUCUCCAGGCCUGCCGCCGAAUGGCAAUUAUGGACAGCCGAUUGCGAAGCAGUUCCAGAACAACACCAUUGUGCCUAACAAGAGCACCAUGGUGGAGGAGGACGAUGAUGCCAUCAGCCCCAUGAGUCCCGAUCCUGCCGGAUCUGAUGCCUAUGGCAUGAACAGGUCAAUAGACCGUGAUAGCAAACGAAGUGCUGGCGCAUCCGAGGUAGGCUCAUUUUCACCCGAGGUUUUCGGGAAACAAACUAAUCAUGGUAUGCAGACGGACAAGAAACUUCUUGAGGAUUAUGAGCAGCAAGUUAGGGAUUUGCGUGAGAAACUGGACAGCAUGGAGGAUGCACUUAAGAAGAAGGAUGACGACCUCAUGAACGCUCUAGAUGGGGAACGUUCCCGAGCCACGGCUUCUAAUGCUGAGAAGAGGGAAUGGGAUGACGCCCGCGCCGAACUGGAGAAUAAGCUUGCUCAAGUGGAGGAAUUGAACGAGUCGAUGAAGAGGGAGCUGGACAGGACCAGGGACGAACACGAUGAGGAAAUUCGCCAACUUCGAGAACAGCUUGACGAAGCUCGCGCCGGCGCCAACGCACAGUCAAACGGCAUGGCUGACGAGGAAUUAAAACGCGAGAACAGGGCUCUGCGUGCGGCGUUGGAGGAGCAAGAGCAGGUGACAGAGGAGGUUCGUCGUGAGGCCCAGGGGUUCCUGAUGGAGAUGCGCAAUAUUUCCCAGCAAAGCGGUGCCUCGUGGGAAAGGCAGUCGGAACUGGAGAAGACGAUCGAAAUGUUGGAGAAGGAGGUCCGGGACUGGAGGAAUCGCUACGCCCGCGCCAAAACUCAGCUGCGGGAUCUACGUGGGUCUUCGGAGGGCAUUCCAAUGCAACAGGACGCUGGGAAGUUUGUGCGCGAGAAGGGCUUCACGCAAGACGAUGGGCUGGUCAAGGACGUCCAUGUCACCAAGUUCCAGAUCGCCAUUGACGAGCUGUUGCAACGGGCGCGCGUGGAUGACCCGGAGCGCGUGAUUGACUCUAUGAAGGCAGUUGUGGUAAGCGUCCGACGGAUCACUAAGGAUAUCGACGAGUCGGCAAAGAACAACAUCGAGCUUGCGCAGCAAAACCAGAAGCUCAAGGCCCGAGUAUCCCCCGCAGCCAACAAUCUUAUUACUGCCUCCAAGUCUUUUGCUAGCUCGGCUGGAAUUGCGCCAGUGACUCUCCUCGAUGCUGCUGCCUCUCACCUGGUCACGGCUGUUGUUGAGCUCCUCCGAGCUGUCAAGAUUCGAUCUACCCCGGAUGGUGAAUUGGAAGAUGACGAUGACGACGGCACGGUUACUCCUGUUGAAUCGGCCAGCUUCUUUUCGCCACGAAGCAAUGGGCAGAGCCAGGCCUCCCGAGCUGAGGAUUCUCUUCAGCGCCCACCACCUUUCCGCGGCCUAGGCGCCGCCGGAAGCCGAGCCAGCAUGGACUCGUCUGCGUACAGCCCGGUCAACUCACCUCGUGAAUCCUACACCCACGGACAGAUGGCCAACGGAUCCAUGACAAACGGCAACGGAGGCGGCCACGGCAACCUGAACAAGGCUGUGAACGGAAACGCCAACGGCAUGUACAACAACGCACGCCAACAACGCGACACUCGGGCGGAGGACCUCAAGAUCUACCUCGAAGACCAGACGGCGGUGCUCGUGCAGACGAUCCAGGACCUUGUGCAGCUGAUACGCAACGACGCGGACAUUAGCCAGGUCACGGAGGAGAUCAACACGAUUGUGGAUGUUGUCGGCCAGGUCGUGUCCGAGACGGAGUCGACUGGUGGCAAUGGUGUCGAGCUUGUCAGGCGUCUUUCUGCCUGCCGGGAGCGGCUGAUGGAGGCGGGCAAGCGCGGUUUGGAUCUUGCGGCUGCGGGCAACGAUAGUGCCAGUCGGGAGUGGAGGAUGUGGACGCAGACGUUGCCGCCGAUUGCGUUUGAGAUUGCGAGGGAGACGAAGGAGCUGGUGCAGAGGGUUGAUCAGUUGGUGAUGGAUGAUGGCGGGGAUGCCGAUGAUUUUGCAUGA